AUGACUUCCCCUGUCCGACUGGAAAUAAUUCGUGCCAGCUGUAACAAUUGCGCGAAGUCCAAAGUCCGCUGCAGCAAGGAUCAACCUUCAUGCCAACGUUGCCUGUACCAAGGCGUACCAUGCGUCUACAGUCCCUCCCAACGGUCCCGAAAGCGGCCUCCGCCAACUCCGCCAGCGACCUCUCCUUCCGUUCGGACCGCGAUCUCAAGAGAUCCGAAUACCAAUACUCAAAGAGGAAAUGAUACACUACACCCACAGCCUGCGCCCGAAGUCCCAUCCAUCGACAUGGCCAAGGCCAAUUCGAUGCCCGAAUCGAAUGACGAGCCAUUCCCGGACGAAUCUAUAUUCGGACCAGAUACAAUGAGCCCAAUGAAGUGGAGCGAGCUACUCGAGCCCUUCGAUAGCAGACCACUCUCCCACGACGAGAUGUCCUGCGUCCUCGAUCCAUCACCGAUGCAAACACCCAAUCAACCACAGAUCGACAGCAAUCUGGAUACAGGUUUCCCCUGGCUUCUUCCCCCGGACACCGACAAACAGCCGUUUUGGUCGGUCCCGCCCCACCAGACCCCACAUCAAUGCUCCCAACUGGCCAUGUCCGCCAUUCAGCGACUGGACGUGCCAGUAGCAUCGUGUCCAUCCCUCGGACGCCUAGACUACGAUACCCAAUCAACUACCCAUGUCAAUAAUGGCACAGCGCGCAGCUUCGACGAUAUUCUCAAAGACAGCCAUUCAUCCCUGGAAGAUCUCCUCACAAUUCUGGGCUGCCCCUGCACAGCCAAGAUAGACCUUAUCUUCCUAGUGACGACCUCGUGCACGCGGGUUCUCUCCUGGUACCAAGCUAGUCUGGAUCGCAGUGCUGCUUGCCCAAACCGCGAUAUAGACAGCAGUGAGAGUAGCAACGGUAGUGACAGGAGCAGGGGUAGCAUUGGAGGGUCGCGCAGAUCUCAUGCGGACAGCAGCGUGGUGAAUGGCUUGUCUAGGUCGUUCCACGAGUGGGUGUCUAUCCCAUCGAUUAAUGUUGGGGCCUACACGCUUGAACCGGGUCAGACGCGGCGCAUGGUUGCGCAAUUGAUUCUGGCGGAAAUCGAUAAAGUGAAAGAGGUCUUGAGGGCGUUCAAUCACAGUUAUUGUCGCCAGAAGGGGGGAUUUGGCGAAGAUGAUGAGAAGGGGUUGCAUAUGGCGCUGGAGGCUUAUCUACGACAUCAGAUGAAGGCUGUGGCUAUGACGGCGCGAGAGAAUUUGAACUAG